AUGGAAUGCGUAAAAACGAUGAACAUAUUGGUGAAAGAAUUUGGAAAAAGUUUACAAGACGCUGUUAUUCACGUGUUGCAAUCUACUUGUACUUCCUUGAGUAGUGAAUAUGAAAUUUAUUUUAAACAUGCAAUCCUUUCACCAAAUGAAAGUGGAAUUGCGACAAGCCAGAUUGCUGAAAGGUUUGACACCGAAGGAGAAAGCAUCAACUUUACAACAGUUAUUUGCCAGCAAAUCGAGUUGUUGGCUACUAUUGUAUGCAGUCGUCAACUUUCCAAGAUACUGUCAUCCAACAAAAAUAAUUUGGCUCAAUUAACUUAUUUACUUUUAGGAUAUUGCCAAUUACCUCAGCAUUUGAUGGAGUUAUGGGAAGACAAUCCUGAACAAUUUGUAUCGGAAGAAGAUAAUCAAUUCUCUAGUUAUAGCAUUCGAACAUCAUGUCUGAAAUUGCUUGAGGAUUUUAAUGAGACCUAUGACACUCUAGGCAUUGAGAGUUUGUUAGAUGCUUACAACAAGAGAAUGCAAGAGUCUCAAUCUUUAUAUAUUCAAAACCCUAACAGUAGUACCUGGUGGAAGUUGAGAGAAGCUUCUCUAAUGACUAUUUCUAGCUUUACUGAGUUUAGAGAUCACAUAGAAGACAAUCCAAAAGUUUUUGACCUCGUUUCUUUGAUUUCUCAACUACUUGAUAACGACUUGAAUGUUUCCUCAGAGCAUUUACCAUUUUUGAAAUCCAGAGCUAUUCAAUGCUCAAGCUACUUUUUGAAUCAAAUUUCAAAUCCAAAAUUGUUCACGGUCAAUUUGGAUAUGAUCAAGCAAUUAUUUAUUACUUAUGUGAACCAUAUGGCAGAGAAUCAGCCUAUACCAAUUAGAUUGUACUCAUGUCAAGCUACAGCUCGAGUUUUUUGUUUAGAAAAACCUCUAUUAGAUUCUUUGCUAUCAUCAUUUGGAGCAAGUAGAGACGAACUUUUACAUGGCAUUUUGGCAAGCAUGUGCAAACUAGUGAAUGAUAUUGGAGAAGAGCCCAUGUACAUUCCAUUGGAAAGCAUUGCUGUUUUUGUUAAUUUUCUUCCACAAGUUGUUAUUCCUCACAGUGAGACCGUUAUUUCUAUUAUGCUAACCCAGCUAAGCAAAUUUUCGAACGACAGAACUAUUGCAAGCGAUAUUAUCAACGUUUUUGAUAAAUUGGCAGAAAUUCCAGAAACGGAAGCCCAACUUGUCAACAAUGUAAUUCCCAAAAUUUCUCAAAUAUUCAUUAGCUCUGCAACUGCAACAGCUCCAGAUUUUAUUGAGAAUUUGCUUGACCUUUCUCACACAAUUAUUGUACAUGCUAAAAAGAGGAUAUGCUUACCGUGUUAA